AUGAACGGUCGAGAUCGUCCCCGUCCGCCUCCGCCGAGCGAUGCACGGCGUGUGGGCGACCGUAACGGCAGCGAUGGCUCUAUGUCCAGAGCGGAGAAGUUUGAGGACGAGAAGAAGCGCAUUAUUCAGAGUUGCUACUCGAAGAAAGAUGCCGACGGAACUUUGGUCGAAUCAUACAUCACACAUGUUCGCAUCGUCGAGGAUGCAACGUAUCCAUCCGCCCCUGCCCCGCCAGACUCGAAUCCCCAGAACAAGAAACCCCGUGUAAUCAUUGUUUCGGUUCGAAGGUCUGGUCGGGUGCGAAUGCACAAAGCUCGUGAAAACAAUGACGGGUCAUUCUCUAUUGGCAAAACUUGGAUGCUCGACGAUCUGUCUGCAAUUCAAUCGUACAGCGCCUUCGUCCCGAAGUCAGCAACUGAGCAACAACAUAAGGAGUGGGCAGGAAGUGUUGGUUUCGUCAUUACGGUGGGAAAGCCUUAUUAUUGGCAUGCCCGCACAUCCAAGGAGAAAGAGUUCUUCAUUGGCAGUCUGGUUAAGAUCUUCAAGAAGUACACUGGAGGCAAGGUUCCGGACCUGAUUGGAUUUGAUGAGAGGGAACGGCAAUUACUUGCAGCAUCUGGUUCCGCCGGGCCUGUAGCGCCACCAGGACGAGGCCCUCCCCUUGGCCUUCCCUCUGGUCCUCCUCCUGGGCCUCCUGGUGGCGCUCCAUCAGAGCCGCCAGUACCAACGCAGUCGGCGUACAGCAGUCGCGACCCCAGCCGUGAUGCACCCCGAGAUCUCAGACGGAAGGCCUCCGAGGAUCCUACGCUCCGAAGUCAGAAGAGUCGCGAACAGUUGUCCCGCCCGUCUACCGCAUCCAAGCCUGCUCCGUCUCCAUUCAGCACAUCUCCUAAUAAUCAACCCAUUAUUCCCCCACGGCCUGAACCGAAGAGCCAAGAUGCUCCUACGACUUUCCUCAAUACCUCAGAUGAAGGUGCAGCACUCACAGCGCAUGCCUCCAACCCAAGAGCGUUGGUUCCGAAGAUCAGUACCGAUGGGCUGCGGCCUAAUACACCCGGCUCAUUUAAUAGUGAAACUCGUGGCUAUCCUUCGAGCCCUGGAAGUAGUGUUGGACCAAAGUCGCCUUAUCGCGAAGGUGUCGAGAAGGGUUCUCCGUUGGAUCAGCAAUCCCGUCCCUCCCAGGACAAAAUUGGCUCAGACGCCCUGUCUCCUUUGGCAACGAAAAAUGAAUAUGUAGCGUAUUCGCCAGCGAAAGCAGAAGUACCCUCAUCGCCAAUUGUGUUUGAGCCUGAAGUCGCAGCAGCCGUCGUUGCCGCCGAAGAGCCACCAAAGACGGCCGAGGAAGAACCGAAGGCAGCAGCAUCGCAAACGCCGCAACCGCCGCCAACAGAAACACCCCAAGCAGAAGUAACACCAGCAGAAGCAACACAAGCAUCAAUCAUUCCUACCGAGUCAACAGAGGAAGAAUAUGAUGCACACCGCCCUGGUCUGGGACCCAUGAUCAAGAAAAAGGCCUCUGCAAAGGAUGUUGCAGGUGCUUUCCGAAAGGCAGCCAAUGCGUAUGGCGCUUUCAAGCCGCGGCCCGGUGGAGCUGGUGAGAGACUUCUUGCUGCAGCGAAAAAACAGCAAGCCGAAGAAGCUGGAUCUGAUGGCGUCACCGGCGUCUUUCACGCUCCAUCUCUCGCACGAUCGGGCAACGAGCCUCCGAAGAGUCCGGUGGAGGCAACCCUUCCUCAAGAGCCUCCAGCUAUUGUGCCGUCUCCUGCUUCUGCCGCUGCUGCCGCCGCCACUGCCGCCACUGCAGCAGCAAUUCCUGUUCCUACUGAUUCGGGCACUCCAACGGUUGAGGUUACUCAGCCUGUCGUUGAGGAGACUCCACUGUCUCCGGGUCUUCCUAAGGAAGAAUCGAAAGUUUCUUUGACUGAAAUUGUUAAGGUGAAAGAUCGCUCACGAACACCGUCUCCGGCAGCACCAGCCCGGAACCGGAGGCGACGCGAGGAUCAUACUAUCAAAUACUGCCAAGCCCUUGGCAUUGAUCCCGGUGUUCUUGAUGGACGCGGUAUCGAGUUUGACGAUAUCCUCACCGAUCUGGGAUGGAACGGCCGUCUAGGGGAUGAGAAGAAGAUUGAAGAUCUGGAAGCUGAUAUUCGUCGUGAGAUUGGCCGUGUUGAAGCGACGAGUUGGCUUGGAAAUCUCGAACAACAAGAAGGCAAAGUCGAGCAGCUUGCAGUACUUAUUGACAAGACGAUGGAAGAGUGUGAAGAACUGGAAGGACUGCUGACACUGUACUCCCACGAAUUGAACACUCUGAACGAUGAUGUGGCGUACAUUGAAACUCAAUCUCAAGGUUUGCAAGUGCAAACGGCAAACCAGAAACUCCUUCAGACUGAGCUCCAGAAUUUGCUGAAGACGUUGUCAAUCACUAACAAUGAGAUGCGUCCUCUCAAAGAAGCUUCUUUGAGCAAUCCCAACGCCCUUAGAGAUACUGAGAUCGCUUUGUCAACGCUAUAUAAGGCCAUGCUCAUGAUCGAUGCUGACAUUGGUCAAAAUAAGAAGCGCCAGGCCGAUGCUAGUGUGGGAGUUUACGCCAACACCGAGUUUGGCCAAAUGCGUGCCAUCCAGGAAAAGAAAGUGGAGUACCGCUCUGCCUCCAUGGUGUUCUUGCAACGGCUUAAGCAACACAUCGCAGUGGCUUUCAAAAUGGCAGACCAAAAACGGGCUGAUGCGAUGGCAUCUUCCACUAGAGAUCCAAUGAAGCUGGACAGCACGGCGCGGCAGCAAUUCCGUGAUGAGGUAUGGAUGUACAACCCCCUCAUGUUAUUUGCCCGGGAGGUCAGUAUGCCCGAAUGGCAGGCCUUGGUCAACCUCUAUGAACAACUUUCCAAGCCAUCCUACCAGAAUGACUUCCGGGAAAAUAGUACGGCUUGGAAGAAGACCGCCAAGAAGCCAACUGGAGACGAGUCGGAACUUCUCUUUACCCACCAGGAGAAAGAGAAAGAGGGUGAGGGUAUUACCAUGGCGGCCCGCAAGCUCACUGUUCGACGAGGCAAGACUGUUCGCGCCGCAGUUGGCUUCCGAUUGGCUUCUAGUGAAAAGAAACCGGGCAAGAUUGAGGCUUGCGAAGCAUUUGCCGGAACUUUACGUGAGACCUUGAACAUGGUUAGUGAAGAACAAAACUUCGUGGUGGAAUAUUUUCACCUCAACUCCCUUGCCACUGCCGACUUCUCCGAUUUGGUGACCGCUGCCCCUCCCGAUGUCCGCAAAUGCCCAAGCUUUUCCACACAGCAGUCUCAUGAUCCUGAUCGAUCAAUGGCGAGGAGAGUUGAAGGGGUCAUGGAUGAAGUCUUUUCAUUCUGGCCAAAUGAUCUACAGAGCUGUGUCGAUUGGGCGCUGCAGGCCGACCCUAUGCAAGGAAUUGGAAUUCUGUUCGCGUUGGAGUCCGCCAUGGCCGAUCUUGAUGAUACCAACCAAGAAUUUAUCAUCCAUGCCCUACAAAAAGUCCACUCUCGCCUUAUGGGAAUGUUCAAUCGAUUCGUCGAUGAACAAAUCCGGGGGAUUGAGGACACCAAAGUCAAGGUUAACAAGAGAAAGGGUGUCAUUUCUUUUAUCCGGGUGUUCCCCCACUUCUCCACAGCCGUCGAAAAUAUGCUGGUGAACGGCGAGUUCUGCGACAUUCGCAUUGGUGUGAACGAAGCAUACGAGCGCAUCAAUCGAGCCAUGUGGGAGUCGCUCAAGUUUAUUGCCAAGGAAGCACCCGGCCAACCACUAGGUGUAGCUGCGAGUGCCGGGGACCCCGAAGACAAGGAGGUCCUGAACUACCACAUCCUACUGAUCGAGAACAUGAACCACUACCAUGAGGAGGUUCAGGUACACAAUCUCCCAGUGCUGCAGCGGUGGGUGGAUCGGGCACACCAAGACUUUGACGAGCACAUGAAACUCUACCUCGAUGCCGUCAUCCAUCGACCCCUAGGCAAGCUGCUGGACUUUGUGCAGUCCAUCGAAAAUCUGCAGGCAAACGGCAAUGCAGCCGAUAUUGCAAGCCGGGCCAGUCACUCGCGCAUGGUCGCCAAGAAAGUCCUCUCAUCGUACGACUCGAAGGAAAUUAAGCGCGGCGUUGAAAUGCUCAAGAAGCGUGUCGAGAAGCACUUUGGUGAUGCCGAUGACCCCGGACUCAGUCGCAGCCUGGUGAUCAAGGUUAUCCGGGAGUGCGAGAUCCGCUACGAAGAGGCAUAUGACCGUACGCGACGGAUUAUCGACACGGUGUAUGACGGACAAUUGGAGUUGGAAUGGCGCAAGGAGGACGCCCUGGCAAUGUUCCGGAAAUGA